AGUAGGAAUAACACUUUAUAAGCCUGACACCCUCUUCCUCCUCCCAUCCCCUGGCCUCCAUCCAUCCUCCUCCGCUCAGCCUCCCGCUCUCCCAGGCAGUCCUCACUUCUCUUUUCCCUAAGCUGCAGCCAGCGGAGCCCCCAGCCUGCCCGAAUCAGGAACCCAGGUGGGGUCAAGAACCCGAGCCCCAGGAUGUUGACAACAUUGCUGCCUCUACUGCUUCUGCCCAGCUGGACCCUUUGUAGCCAGGAAGCUUCAGAAGGUCCGCAGAGCCUCCACAUGCUCCAGAUCUCCUACUUCCGCGACCCCUAUCACGUGUGGCACUGGGGCAACGCGACGCUGGGGGGGCGCCUGACACACAGGCUAGAAGGCGUGGGCACAAACAGCACAAUCCUCCAGCUGCAGCCCUUGCAGGACCCCGAGAGCUGGGCGAGCACAGAGAGCCGCCUGCGACGUUAUCUGAGUGAAUUCCAGGACUUAGUGCUCCUGGUGCACCGGGAGCGCAGCUUGGCCUUUCCUCUGACCAUCAGCUGCUUCCUGGGCUGUGAGCUGCCUUCUGAGGGCUCUCAAGCCCAGGUCUUCUUCGAAGUGACUGUGAAUGGGAGCUCCUUUGUGAAUUUCCAGCCAGAGACAGCUUUGUGGGUGCAAGGCUCCAAGGCAUCCUCCAGAGUGGUCACCUACAUCCUGCAGCAGCUGAACAAGUACAAUCGUACUCGGUAUGAAGUGCAGGAAUUCCUGGAGGACACCUGUGUGCAGUAUAUAGAGAAACACAUCACUAUGAAAAACUUGAAAGGGAGCCAGACAGGCCGCUCCUACACUUCGCUGGUCCUGGGCAUCCUGGUGGGCAGUUUCAUCAUCGCUGGUGUGGCUGUAGGCAUCUUCCUGUGCACAGGUGGAAGGCGAUAUUAAUUACUCUCCAGUCCCCUCUGAGAAAGGGCUGGAUUGACAGGGGGCUGGCAAAAGAAGGUCUCAGCUCACUUGGAAGCCAAACAGAUUCCCCACAUGGGACACCAUAUCCCAGAAAAUUUGGAGUGGCAGCUCCUUCUUCUCUCAGAUCUGCAUGCCAAGAAUUUAGGGGGCAGGAGGUAGAGAGGCUAGAUGGACAAAGUACUUGGUUUGCUAAGAACCUGAGAACUUACAUGCUUUGCCAAAUUGGUCUCAGAAGUGAAUGUUUAUCUGUCUUCGUGGAAGACAGAUGAUGGUUGGGGCGGGGGGUUGGGGCGAGUCUGUGGUUUAUCCUCCAAAGAUAGACAGACUCACCUGAGGCAUUCAAAACACAUAACCAAAUAAAACAAGUCAUCCACAACCAAAAUAAACAACAUUCAAUUGCGUCAGACUUAAGAGGGGACACUAGUAUAAUAGGUGUAGAAAGAAGUAACCAGAGUAAUGGUGGAUGUGUAAAAUCCAAGUAAAAUGGAAGCAAUGAGUUAUUAAUUAGUUGAUCAAUUAAUAAUAAUAUUAAUAAAUUCCUUACUUAUGUAUAAGGCAUUA